AAUCCACUUUCGCUCAACAAAAACCAGGCAGUAGAGUAGAGAGACCGCAAGUGUUACUUGUCGCAUAACUUCUCCAUUACGGGUUGUGGCGAGUUUAAGUGGUUGGGUAGUACAUUUGGCAACCGCACCAUCAUGCAGCAAACUGUUCGUUCCACCUUGCUCCAACUGCACUCACAAUUGCCUGCUAUUUUCAUGCAUCCUAGCUGGGCUGGGAGUAUGCGAAAGUCUUGGAUCCAAGCUGUCAAUCAAAGCGUCUCGCCAACAGACCUCGGUCGUGUCCUUUCCAUCCUGGUUGCGUGCAUCCGCCCGGUUGUUUUCUCUUACGUUUGGCACGAGUCACUUGGCCACAUUCGACUUCAACGGCAGACGGCACUUGAACGUGAAGAGCGGAAGAAGGUGGACAAGAAGAGAAGAAGGAUAAAGAACUGAAAGAAGAGAUGCAUCGACUACACACCGUCCAUUACCCAAAAGGCUUCAAGCACCAGAUCUGGAAGCACAAAGGUGAAGAGCUUCGUCUUCACGGUCAAUGGGGUUGGCUAUGGUUAUCCGCAACUCGCCUUUUACGACGUCUUGAUGCCAGGAAAUGCGGAUUAAGAGCUGGACCCUGGCGAAUCAUCACUAUUCUCCAGAAGAAGGCUCGGAAUCUCGCUACAUUCAGUGUGAUCCGGCAACUGGCGUCAAAAUUUAUGAAAUCCCAUCUUCUGAUCCAGCGAUGGAAGUUGUUGAUGUUUGUGCUGCUAUGAACGAUACCGACCGUCGUGUUUAUCCUAAAAUCGCCAAGAAAGCCAAGUUAGAUUCGUUGCUGCAAUGGGGUUCCCUUACUCCCCAACAACUAGCUGCCAUUCAAGAACAGCUCAAGGGACAGAUGCGGGCUCGUACCAAUCAGCCAGGAGGCAACAACAAACCCAUCUUAUUUGCUGUUCGGACAUCAGUGACUGGCGCAACCGUUGCUACAGUUUCUACAACGGCUGCUGUUACUACUACCGUCGCUCCCACUUCUACCGAAACGUCUACCACGUCCGCUGCCGUUAAAAAAAUUAAAAAUGCAGAUUAA